UGUGUCUCAUAGCUCCUGAUUUCCUUCAAAAUUUGUAUUUGUCCUCCAUUAAGUUGAAUUGCCAAUUUCAGGUUCUUGAAGUUUUUGAAGCUUGUUGGACAUCACACAAAUCCAUUGUUCAAAAAAUUUCAACAUGGGGUAUGAAAACCAGCACCGGGAUGUUCCAGUAACAAAAUAUGAUUGCCUUGUCUUUGAUGUGGAUGACACCCUUUAUCCUCUGAAUUCUGGUUUAUCCAAAGCAUGCACCAACAACAUUGUAGAGUUUAUGAUUCAGAAGAUUGGGAUUGAAGAAAGCAAUGCUGCAGAGAUAAAUCAAGUCCUAUACAAGAACUAUGGGACAUCCAUGGCAGGCCUAUUGGCCGUUGGCUAUAACUUUGACCAUGAUGACUACCACAGUUUUGUUCAUGGAAGACUACCCUAUGAGAAUCUAAAGCCUGAUCCUGUCCUCAGAAAUCUUUUACUUAGCUUGCCGAUCCGCAAAGUUAUUUUCUCAAAUGGGGAUAAGGCACAUGUGGGUAGAGUUCUGAAAAAGCUUGGCUUGGAGGAUUGUUUUGAAAGGAUUAUAACCUUUGAAACCCUUAAUCCCAUUCCCAGCAACGAAACUCAUGAUGUUCAUAAUCAUCCUUCUGGUUCAGAAUUCCCAGACACUCCAAUUGUUUGCAAACCCUUUGAAAAUGCCUUUGAAAUGGCCUUCAAAAUAGCCAACAUUGACCCUCAAAAAACACUCUUCUUCGACGAUAGCAUCAGGAACAUACAAACAGGAAAAAAUAUGGGACUUCACACAGUUCUGGUGGGAACUUCACAAAAAACAAAUGGUGCAGAUUAUGCGUUAGAGAGCAUACACAAUAUCAGGGAAGCACUGCCAGAGCUGUGGGAAGAUGAAGAAGCAGAUAGGAGAUCAGAAAGUGUGACGUAUUCUGGGGAGAUCUCAAUUGAAACAACAGUGCAGGCCUAGCUCAACUCGAGCCUUUCCUUUCCCCAUCUUAUGCCGUUCAAAACCUCACCAUAUAUAUAUAUAUACGUAUUUUCCCUUCAAUACUUCAAAUGGGUAUAAAGGAUUUCUCAAAUA